AUGAUAAGAGCAGGACGUGGGUGCUGUAACAUGCCGUGCGAGAGCUGCGCCGUGCAGUUUAGUGUAUUUAGACGAAAGAGGGCCUGCUCCGAAUGCGAGCGAUACUAUUGUGGAGGAUGCCUUCGACGUGGUGGAGGAACUAUGUGUGCUCCCUGCCGGGUGCUGUCCACUCGACCCCUCUCACGCCAAACAAUAACGCAUCUAAAAGUUCGAGACUUGCAGUGCUUCUUACAGCGCCAAAACGUCUCCACUCGAGGAUGUGUCGAAAAGGAAGAGCUGGUGAGUUUGUGUGUGUCACACGUGAACAGUGCGGCAUACAAGCGUCGCGGGUCCCGUGCGGGUGCCUUCAGCUCCCUGAAAGGCCUCACCAAUAACAUCAAUGACUUCCUGAACUCCGCCUUCGACAUACGCGCGCCUCAAAGUGCCCCGCCGCCUGCUCGCAGUGAGAUACUGCUCCUCUUGAGCAGCUGUUUCAAUGCCACGCAUGUGCACACAUCACCUAGUGGGCCACAACCUGGAUUCAACAUUGAUGACCGACGCUUCACACCCACACCAGGCGGUGAACGUGACGUGCGCCCCCCGGUGCCCGAGGAGCCUCCUGAGCCCCCCGAGGCGGGAGGGGUUUCGCGCAGCGCUUCGGCUGAGAGCGCGCGCGUCGACACGGCCGACUGUUUCGAGAUCGAGGACCUGGACGAUGCCGGCUGGGAGUUCGUUGCCCCACCAGCGGAGCCCCUGCCCAAUGAUUCCGAAAUACUCCUGACUGCAAAUGAGGCAGCGCUGCGAUCGCCCGUGGUGGACGUUAGGGCCCCCGAAGAAACGCUCGGCGACGGGGCGCGGGAGGGGGCGCGCAGGCUCGGGGACCCUUCCCUGGGAACCCCCCAGCGAGCGGCCUCCGAGCUGGAGCUUCACCGGCCACCGGCAGAGGGCGCCGAUGCGGACUCCGGCAGCCUCCAGGAUGAACCACUAAUGAACCAUGGUCCCGCCACGCCGCAGCACAUAAGCCUGGAGCGGCUGAGCGAGGCGGAGCUCGGCUCGCUGAGCGUGCGCCAGCUGAAGGAGCUGCUGCGGCGCAACCGCGUCGAGUUCCGCGGCUGCCUCGAGCGCGCCGACCUGCUGCAGCGGGCGCGCACGCUCUGGCGCGAGCACGCGCGCGCCCACGCAGACAUCGACAGCCUGCCGAUCGAGGAGUGCUGCAAGAUCUGCAUGGCGGCGCCGCUGGAGUGCGUGCUGCUGGAGUGCGGCCACAUCGCCGCGUGCACCGGCUGCGCCAAGCAGCUGGCCGAGUGCCCCAUCUGCCGCCAGUACGUGGUGCGCGCCGUGCGCUUCUUCCGCUCC